AUGUCUUGCCAUUGGAAUAGUGGAUCUAUUAGAACAUCUGUCUGCGGCAGUGUUAGAGUGAGUGGAAUAGCAGCAGACUUUGCAAAGGGAUCUGAACAUAUUGGAGCUAGUAACCUCAGUGCAAAUGAUGGUCUGCUUCAGUGGGGGGAGAAAGAGACAAUGCAGAACCUUAACUUCCGACUAGCCUCAUACUUGGACAAAGUAAGAGCCUUGGAAGACGCCAAUGCUGAUCUAGAGUCAAAAAUCAAGGAAUGGUACAUAAAACACCAGGCAACCACUGUACCCCGUGAUUACAGCAAGUACUAUCAAAUAAUUGAAGAACUCAAGAGGAAGAUCCAAGCUGAAACUGUUGAAAAUGCUAGAGUUGUGCUACAGAUUGAUAAUGCCAAGUUGGCUGCAGAAGACUUCAGAAUCAAGUAUGAGAAUGAAUUGUGCCUUCACCAGAGUGUGGAAUCAGAUAUUAAUGGUCUACGCAGAUUACUGGAUGAGUUGAGCUUUGCUAAAUCCAACCUGGCAUCUCAGCUUGAAAGCCUGAAAGAUGAGAUUACAUGUCUGAAGAAGAAUCACGAGGAGGAAAUGAAGGCCCUGAGGGGACAAAAGGGAGAAAUUAACGUGGAAAUGGAUGCUGCCCCUGGAAUUGAUUUAAGCAAAUUGCUAAAUGACAUGAGAGCUCAAUAUGAAGAACUUUCUGAGCAGAACAGACAGAAAGCAGCAGAGUGGUUUAAUGAAAAGAGUGCAGAACUGAAAAAGGAAAUCACACACAGCAGUGAAUUGGUUGAGUGCCAUAAAACCCAGCUGACAGAUUUAAGACGAACUCUUCAGGAAUUAGAAAUCGAUCUUCAGGCCCAAGUUGCUUUGAAAAAGUCUCUUGAGUGCUCCCUGGCAGAAACUGAGUGCUGUUACAAUUCUCAGCUAGCGCAGCUUCAGGGAUAUGUAGGAAAUGUAGAGGAACAGCUGAGUCAGGUCCGAAGUGACAUGGAGCGACAGAAUGGUGAAUACAAAGUCCUUUUGGACAUUAAGGCACGUCUAGAAAUGGAGAUCGAGACCUACAGACGACUGCUUGAUGGAGAGGCAUGGCAACAUAAACAAAUUCCAGUCCCUGUAAAAGAGCCAAACAAAACCAGGAAAGUUACAACCAUAGUGGAGGAGGUUGUGAAUGGCAAAAUUGUGUCACACAAGGUGAACGAAACAGAAGAGAAGCUAAAAGUAUAA